AUGACCGAAAGAAGAUUUGCACUGUCUCUCACUGAGACCAAUCUAUCCCAAGACAUUAGUGAUGCCGAGCUGGGGUUUUCUUCUUAUAACGUAUUUCUCAGUGACAGAUCCUACGAAACUAGUGUCAAGGCCAGCGGCGGAGGUGUCCUGUUGGCAGUCAAGUGUUGUUAUCCUUCUCUGCGUAUGCCCAUCUCAACAGCAUCUGUCGAGCAAACCCUAAUCUCAGUAACGACUUCAGCUGGUGUAAAAGUUCUAGCAGGCGUUGUAUACAUCCCUCCUGACACAUCUGUCAAUUCUUACGAAACAUACGUCACGUCAAUAGAUGAAGCUGUCACGUUGGAUUCCUUCUCUCGAGUACUACUUAUGGGUGAUCUGAACCAACCUGAAAUUGAUUGGAGCACUUUCCCUCGGACUAAUCUUCGUUCCGGUCCAGCGAGAGCCUUGAGCGAUCUUACUUCUACUCUUGAUUUAACUCAAGUAAAUCUCAUUGAAAACACUCGUGGUGUAAUUCUAGACGUCAUCCUUUCCUCGGAUAUACACACUGUUGUCUCCAGGGAUGAGCCACUGGUACCUGAGGAUGUACAUCACCCUGCUCUUAGGAUUGCUCUUCCUUCCGUUCCCACAGCUGGCAACAAGACUUCCUACGUCCAUAACUUCAAGAAAUUCGGAUCAUCAUUCCCACCGUGGUUCAGUCCGGAGUUGAAGAGACUGGUAACUGAAAAGAAACGACUUCACUUACAAUAUAAGAGAACUUUGAAUGACUGCACAUACUAUUCUUACUCUCGCACCAGGUCAAAUUGUAAACGGCUUUCUCAAGAAUGCUUCGACAAUUACAUAAACCAUGUCCAAAAUAUCCUUCCUUCUAAUCCCAACAGGUUCUGGAGCUUCGUUGAUGGGUUAAAGAAGAACCAUGGAACUCCGUCAGCUCUGGUUUAUAAUGGCACUUCAUCGACCUGUGUGAAUGAACAAUGCGAAAUGUUUGCUGAUUUCUUCUCCUCGGUGUUCACGUCUCAACAACAACCUCCUACUAGUUUAGACAGUGUCGACUCUUGCAAUGUUAUCUCUCAUUGUAUUUUUAGUGAAGAUGAAGUCAGAAAGGAGCUUCUCAAUCUCAACGUAAAUAAAGGCUCCGGGCCUGACAUGAUACCUCCUGGUGUCCUGAAGUAUUGCCACCUCCUUUUAUCUGGUCCGCUCCAGGAGCUCUUCAACAAAUCAGUAUCCAGUGGUGUUUUUCCUGACGUUCUUCAAAAAAGCUAUGUUGUACCCAUACACAAAUCCGGGACAACAUCUGAAGUUACCAAUUAUAGACCUAUUGCUGUCCAGUCAGUGAUCUCCAAAGUCUUUGAGAGAUUGGUGCUUUCUAGAGUGUCUCCCCUACUGCAAAGGUGUAUAUCUUCCCAUCAACAUGGGUUUUCGCCUGGAAAAUCGGCAGCAACGAACUUAGUAGUCUGCCAGUCCGACAUUAUCUCAUCCUUCUCAAGACGGAAACAGGUUGAUGCAAUUUUUCUGGACUUCUCCAAGGCUUUUGACAGACUCAGAAAUCAAGAUGUCCACAAGUACGGAACAAGGAGCUCUACAGACUUUGUCCUGCCACCCCACCACUUGACACUCUACAGCAAGAAACCCACUUACGCCGGAGCCAAGUUCUUCAACCUAUUGCCAGAUGACAUGAAGAACCACAACCCGCAACAGCUGAAGCGGCAUCUAAAGGACUGGCUGCUGAAAAGACCUUUCUACUCCAUAGAAGAAUAUUUAAGAUGGAAGGACUUCCCAGACUAUACCUGA